AGUGUGUCUAGAGGUGUGUGCGCGUGUGCCCGCACAGUAUUCAUGUACAAAAUCGCGACUCCUUCUUGCCUUGCCUUUUUGUCGUGAGCUGACCCUGGAUUGUGGCCACAGACCUUUGCACUCGCUUUGGGGGUUUUUGCACUUUGUGAGCGUUGGGCUUCGCGUCGGUUUCGGGACUAUCACCCCGGAGGGUGCCCUAGCCUCCUCCUACGCGCCCGCCCCCCCUCACGGAGGUCCCGCCGAUUUUCUCUGCCUUUCCUUCAACAGGCUCUGCAGCCCCGCCGGGGGAUCGAAAGACACAAUAGCCGAAGAGGAGGGGAAGGGAGGAGGGGAGACUCCUCCUUCUGGCCCGCCUCGCCUCGCCUCGCGCCGGGCAGCGCCGCAGAAUUGCGCCCAGCUCUUUGCCCCCAUCCCCCAGCGCCGCCGGUCCAGCUUUGCUUUCCAGACCUGGAAAGAGAGAAGCGAGAUCGGUGCCUCCGCGCCCCCUUGCCCGCCCCAUGCCCGGCUCGCCCACUGACGCCCGCUAGCCGCUCCGCCCGUCCAUGGCUCGGCCCAUGAGGCUGCUCUGCUGCUGCUCCGCGGCGUUGCUGGCGGCGUGGUGGGGCGCCAUCAGCGCCAGCGCCAGCCCGAGCUCUGGCGCCGCCGCCGUCGGCGGCGCCCCGCUGCAGGACGAGGCGGACAACCAGGAGAACAUCCUUUCACAGUUGUUAGGUGACUAUGACAAGGUGAAGGCAGUCUCAGAAGGCCCAGACUGUCAGUGCAAGUGUGUGGUGAGACCCCUGGGCAGAGGUGCCUGCCAGAGGAUUAACGAAGGAGCUUCCAAACCAGAGGAUUCUUACAUGGUGGAAACAAUCACUUCCGGACCAGAAUGCAAAUGUUCAUGUGUAGCUCCACCAUCUGCUCUGAACCCCUGUGAGGGAGACUUCAGGUUGAAGAAACUACAAGAAGCAGACAGCAAGGACUUUAAGCUGGCAGCCGUCCUUGAAAUGCUAGAAGGUGCUUUCUAUGGCUUAGACUUGCUCAAGCUGCACUCCGUCACAACAAAGCUGGUGGGUCGAGUGGAAAAACUGGAAGAGGAAGUGUCUAGAAAUCUCACCAAGGAAAAUAAACAGAAGAGACAGAAUGUGGAUGAAUAUUUGCAGGAGAUGGAUUUUAAAGGCAAGACGAACUCUUCUGACAGCAUCUCCAAUAGCCUUGCUGACAUUCAGAGUUCAUUGCAGAGAGAUGCUGCUGCGGCCUACACCCUCACUGAGGGAAAAUAUGAAGAGGUUUUCCUACAUAAUGAAAUGGCUUCUGAGCAAAUCAGCUCUGCUGAGACCUUGCGCUAUGCACCCCCAGCUCCAGAGGCAAAGUCAACUUUGCCAAGAAAACUCCAUGUGAGGAGCCGACCUCUAUCCCAGCCCACCAUCAUCCGAGGAGUCACUUACUAUAAGGCCAAAGAUGUUGAGACGGAAAAUGACUUUGAUGAACAGGAUGAGCUUUUCAGUGGUGACAACCCAAUUGAUAUGCUGAUUGAAGACCAGCUUUUGCAACACAGCUACUUGCCAAAUAGUCCCACGAGAAAGCAGCUGUCUGUGGAAAAGCCACUUAUGCACCAAAGCAUUGAGCUCAUAAAGGAACCUGCCACAAACACCACUCCUAUUGGAAAAGAAGCCUCUGCAACCACUGCUGCAGGGAUAGAGCUACUGCCGACUUCUGCCAUUAUGCCUCCCUCUGUUGAACCAACACCAGUAUCUACCUCAUCAGAUCUCCAUAGUAGCAGCAACCAUUUUGCAGUGGCUGCGGAGCCCACAGCAACAGCAGGAGUCUCUUCAGUAACUAACUCAGCGGAAGAGGGUGCCACACGGGCCAUGAAAACAGUGGCUCCAACUGCCACACAGGCUUCCACAAUCAUAGCAACCCAAAAUGGAACUGCCACAAGGUCACCAGUGGUCAGAGUAGCCACAACAGAUUCCCAAACACAGGCAACAGCUGAGCCUACUUCUGCUGCCACAACCAAAGCUGUGACCUCUCCGGCCUCUGCCAACCCCAGUCCCUCAGUCACACCCACACAGGGCCUUGAUGAGGAAGAUAUCAGAAAUAGCAUUGGCCAGUGCAAAGACACCUUGUCCACCAUCUCUGGGCCUGUAACCCAGAACACCUACGGACGGAAUGAAGGUGCUUGGAUGAAGGAUCCACUUGCCAAGGAUGAGCGAAUCUAUGUCACAAACUAUUAUUAUGGCAACACCCUGGUAGAGUUCCGGAAUCUGGACAGCUUCAAACAAGGUCGAUGGAGUAACUCAUACAAGCUGCCGUACAAUUGGAUGGGGACAGGCCAUGCUGUCUUUAACGGCUCACUCUACUACAACCGGGCCUUUACCCGCAACCUCAUCAAGUAUGACCUGAAGCAACGCUAUGUGGCUGCCUGGGCCAUGUUGGAUGAUGUAGCCUAUGAGGAGGAGAUGCCUUGGCGGUGGCGUGGCCACUCCGAUGUGGAUUUUGCCGUAGAUGAGAAUGGCCUGUGGAUUAUUUACCCAGCCAUUAAUUAUGAAGGCUUCAGCCAGGAGGUGAUUGUCCUCAGCAAACUUAAUGCCAAUGAUCUGAGCACUCGCAAGGAGACCACCUGGCGGACGGGUCUGCGCAAAAACUUCUACGGCAACUCCUUUGUUAUCUGUGGUGUCCUCUAUGCCAUUGACAGCUACAGUAAGAAGAAUGCGAAUAUCUCAUAUGCGUUUGACACGCACACCAACACCCAGAUCAUCCCACGCUUGCUCUUUGAGAAUGAGUACUCUUAUACCACUCAGAUAGACUAUAACCCCAAGGACCGGCUCCUUUAUGCUUGGGACAAUGGCCACCAGGUUACUUACAACGUCAUGUUUGCUUACUGAGGACAUGAUGGGAUCAUAAUGGGCCACUAGCACCUUUUUAUAUAUAAAUAUUUUUUUAUUGUACAAAUCUGAGUAAAUGAGGUUGUUUUUUACUUUUUUUUAAACAGUGGAUUGUAGAUCAGUCCACAUGCCAAAGUCAAGCCUUUUAUUUUGGACAUAACCUUCCUUUUUUAUAUACUGAAUAUGUGUCCCAUGAGACAUUGGAAAAUAUUUCUUCAUUAGCUGCCAAGUGCAAACUCUCAAAGGAAGCAAACCAUCCCUUUGCCUUAUUUUUGUAACACAAGACUUACACUUUGGAUGAGAGAACCCCUAAAAUACAAUUUUUAUAAUAAAAUAUCAGUGUUAAAGUAAAAUCAGAGUCCUGCUCACAUUUCCUUCUGCCAUUGCUUGUUUCUAUUGUAUUUGUCUAGUUGCACUGCAUAGUCUGGGCAACAGACCCCAUAACUGUUUAAGCUCCUCCCCAAUUGGUGUCACUUGAAUGAACCCAGGGUUGGGGAACCUGUGGUCCUCCAGAUGUUGCUGUACUACAACUCCCAUAAUCUCUGACCAUUGGCCAUCAUGGCUGGGGCUGAUGGGAGUUGGAGUGCAACAACAUCUGCAGUGCCACAGCUUCCUCCUGCCUGCUUGAAUAGAGGAUUUUUUAACAGAAUUAACACUGCAUUCCUCAACACACUUACUAGGGAGUAAGACCCAUUGAACACAGUGGAACUUGCCUCUGAGUAAAUCUCUAUGGGGUGCAUUGCGAGAAAGCAGUCUCGCUCCUCUUUCUGAGGAAACUCAGAAGGAGAAGGGUGGAGGCCAUCUCUUGCUUGCUUGCCCCCAGUACUGGUACAACUUCUUCCAGAGGCUUUAUUCAGCUGCUAGAGUCAGAUUAUUGUCCCCCUAUCCCAUGGUCACUUUUAGUGAAGGACUUUGUCAAAAGCUUUUUGAAAUUCCAGAUAUAUAUUGUCUAAUGGAUCCCUUCUAUGCAUGUAUGUGUGUGUUGAUAUAUUAAGAACUGAAAAAUAAAAUAAAAAGCAUGACUUUUCAGAAGCCAUAUUGAUUUUUCAGCAAAGCUUUUUCGACGCAGUUUCUAAUAAUUCUCACUUUAUAAUACUUUCUAAC